GGCUGGGGCUGGGCCUGGAAGCUGAAGAGCCCUUCGGGGGCUCUGGACGGGUCACACUCUCUCAGCCUCGGGGAGGCCAGGGCAGCUCCCCUCGGAAGAGACCUGGCUAAGAGGAGCCUCCUUGGGGUCGCCAUCCGUCCGAAGGGGCUCGGACUCUCUCUCGGGCCUCUCCGAAGGGGCCCGGAGAGCCGGGGAUGAUGAGGCUGUGCCCAGGGCGGCUCUGGGAGCCAGGGACUAGGAGUCCCUCGGGGCCUGAGGUUGCAGUCCUGCUCUUCUGCCAGGCCCUCUGCCCCUGCAGCAGGCCCCCUCCUCCCUCUCCCUGGUCCGGAGGCAACGCCCGGCCCUGGGGCCGCUUUCGCUUUCCCUUUGGCUUUCUCUCUCUGUCGCCGCGGGGCUCGGAGGGAGGCUGACCCUCUUCUUCUUCUUCUUCAUGGCCGCCGCCUCCUCCUCCUCCUCCUCCGGCGGGGCCUGGAUGCCGGGCCCGCUCUGCCUGGUGGAGAACCGGGGCCGGCGGCUGAGCGUCUGCCCCGAGGCCCUGGCGCUGCUGGCCGGCGUCCGGCAGCCGGUGGCCGUGGUGGCCGUGGUGGGCCUCUACCGGACCGGCAAGUCCUACCUGAUGAACCGCCUGGCCGGGAAGAGGCGAGGUUUCUCGCUGGGCUCCACGGUGCAGUCCCAGACCAAAGGCAUCUGGAUCUGGUGCCUCCCUUACCCAGACAGGCCUGGCCAGACCCUGGUCCUGCUGGACACCGAGGGACUCGGAGACGUGGAAAAGGGCGACACACAGAACGACACCUGGAUCUUUGCACUGGCCGUGCUCCUCAGCAGCACCCUGGUCUACAACAGCAUGGGCACCAUCGACCAGAAUGCCAUGGAUCAACUCCACUACGUGACGGAGCUGACGGAGCGCAUCAAAGCCAAGGCUGCAUCUGGGGGCAGCGGUGGCAGUGGCGAAGGGGGGCUGGAGGACACGGCGGAAUACGUCCGCUUCUUCCCCACCUUCAUCUGGGCCUUGAGGGAUUUCACAUUGCAGCUGGAGCUGAAUGGGAGAACCAUCACCGAGGACGAAUACUUGGAAAAUGCCCUGAAACUGAAGAAAGGUGAUGCUCCCGAUGUCCGGCUCUUUAACUUUCCUCGCGAAUGCAUACGCUUUUUCUUCCCCAUCCGGAAGUGCUUCAUCUUCGAUCGUCCUACCAGUGGGAAGAACCUGCACCGGCUGGAGGAGAUGACGGAGAGCGAGCUGGACCCUGAAUUUGUGGAGCAAGCUAGCCAGUUCUGCCGCUACGUCUACUGGACGUCCAAGGAGAAGACUAUCCCGGGGGGGCAUGUUGUCACUGGCCACCUGCUAGCAAAGCUGGUGGAGACCUACGUGGAGACCAUCCAGAGCGGGAAGGUGCCUUGCAUGGAGAGUGCAGUGCUGGCUUUGGCCGAGAUCGAGAACACAGCUGCCGUGGGCGAGGCUGCUAGCUGCUACGUGGGGCUGAUGGAGAAUAAGCUGAAGCUGCCCACGGAGACCGUCCCAGAGCUGCUGGAGAUCCACGCCGAAUGUGAGAAGGAGGCCGUCCGGACGUUCAUGGCGCGUGCCUUCAAGGAUGACAAACGCCAUUUCCAGGCAAAGCUCAUGAAAUCCCUGGAGGACAAGAAGGAGGAAUACUGCCGAAAGAACGAGCGGGAGUCCUCCAAGCGCUGCCAGUCUGUGCUGGCAUCGCUCGCGGGAGAGUUGGAGGAGAAGGUCCGGAUGGGGACUUACUCCAGGCCCAGCGGGCACAAGCGCUUCGUGGAAGACCUGAAGAAAAUCGAAGAUAGAUACCGCCAGGAAUCUAAGAAAGGAGUGAUGGCUGACAAGGCUCUUGAAGACUUCCUGAAGUCCAAGGAGACGGUGGCAAAAUCUAUCCUGCAGACGGACAAGGCGCUGAGCAACAAGGAGAAGGAGGUUGAAGCCCAGCGGGCGCAAGCAGAAGCCGCCCAGAUGCAGCAGAAGCUGCUGGAGCAGGACCAGGCCAGGCUGAGGCAGAUGGUGGAGGACCAGAAGCGAAGCCACGAGGAGCAGCUCCAGCGGCUAGGAGACAAGAUGGAGGCAGAAAAGAGGAGAAUGAAGGAGGAGACUGACCGGAUGAUGCAGCAUAAGCUGGAGGAACAAAAGAAGCUGCUGGAGGAAGGGUUUUAUCAGAAGGCCAAAGAGAUGGAAGGGGAAAUCCAUUGCCUCAAGGAAGAAAAGGAGAGCAAUUCUUCUGCACUGUGGAGGGGCACCAUUGAAACAGUGCUCCCACAACUGGCAUCUCUGGGAUCACAGUUUCUGCAGUACCGCAUGCUUUCCAACCUUACAACCUCUGGAAACCCAAGGAAUGCCUCUGGUGCUGCCAGUGCACCAGAAUAUCCCAGCAGUGCCAAGUCAACCAAGUAGCUCCAGGAGGGGAGGGAUUGGGGCCUUGCACUCCCGCACUUGUCUGUAUUCUCCAACAUCUCCAAAUAAAGCAGAUCAGGUUAGAAGUGUAGCUAUCUCUUUGGAUUCCAACCAGGACAAAGAUGAACGUUGGAAAGAAUCCCAUUGGCAGUACACUCUUUCAUAACCUGAGAUGCUUUGGCAGAUCAUAAAUGAAACAGCUCUGUGGAUGAGCCCAUAAGAUUUAAGCCCAUGAGAUCCUGGCACUUGUCCCAGUAUUUGAGUGGCUCAGGCCCCCCUUUUCCCAAGUUUGCCUUCUCCUAGUUUGGGUUCCUCUCCCCCUCCAAAUGGUUUGCAACCAUCUUUCUUGGAAGCAGAAUACAAUAUGGAAAGAAAACUACCUGGUUUUUAACUGCAUAACUUGCUCAGGCUAUUGGAGGGCACUUGCAGAGUUGCUUGACAAUGCCGCUUUGGGAUCAAAUGUGAUGCAUUUUGUGCCUGUUGUUGGCCUAAUAAAAACGGUAUUAU